AUGAGAUACCUCCCCGCCCUUCUCGCCGCCGCAGCCCUCGUGAGCGCGCAGAACGAGUCCAUCAGCGACUAUCUGCCGGCAUGCUCCAUCGACUGUCUGACGACGGCCAUUGCCGACGCCACCACGUGCACCGGGACAUCGGACCUUGAAUGCUUCUGCAUUGCAGACAACUACCGGGCCAUCUAUGACAGUGCUGUCGCCUGCGUGCUCCAGGCGUGCGGGAAUGAUGUUAGCGUUGGAGAGGUUCUCCCUGCCGCCGCUCACAUGUGCGAGGUUGUGGUGGCACGCGCAUCGAGCACUUCGGCCGCCGCAAGCACUGGUACCUCUGCUGCUGCCGGUCAAAGCACGGGUGCAGCUACGACGACCUCUACCAAUGGCGACAGCACGACAUCUCCUACAAGCUCUCCGACCUCCACCGGGACUGCUACUCCGGGGUCAAACGCGGGAGGCCGCAGUGCCCAGGUGAUUGCCUUCAUGGGCCCGUUGGUGGCUCUCGUCGCCGCUGCCAACGUGUAA